AUGCAGGUGGAAGAUUUGGCCCCAGAAACUAACAGUAAGAUCGUACGGAUCGAUGAGGUCCAAUCAACUGCGAGGGUACAGAGAGUCUCUGCUCACAGUCAUGUGAAGGGAUUAGGUUUAAAUCCCGAGACUAAAGAAGCUUUGCCAAAGGCUGCUGGUUUUGUUGGACAAGUUCGUGCCCGCAGCUCUGCUUCUAUCGUAGUAGAUCUCAUCAAAAUGAAACAUAUGGCUGGACGUGCAAUUUUACUCGCCGGUCCUCCCGGUACAGGUAAAACUGCAAUUGCUUUGGCUAUGGCACAAGAACUUGGAGAUAAAAUGCCAUUCUGUCCUAUGGUAGCAUCUGAAGUAUACUCAAAUGAAGUCAAGAAAACCGAAGUUCUAAUGGAAAACUUCAGAAGAUCAAUUGGUCUGCGUAUUAAGGAAAAAAAGGAAGUAUACGAGGGUGAAGUUACAGAACUCAACCCUGUUGAAACGGAAAACCCGUUGGGAGGAUAUGGAAAACAAAUUUCGCAUCUUGUUAUCACUCUGAAAACGUGCAAAGGGAGUAAGCAGUUGAAACUGGAUCCUACGAUCUAUGACUCCAUACUGAAACAAAGAAUCGAACUGGGAGACAUUAUGUAUAUUGAAGCUAAUACUGGGGCUGUUAAGCGACUAGGAAGGUGCGACAUGUAUUCCUCAGAAUUUGACUUAGAAGCAGAUGAGUUUGUUCCAUUACCCAAAGGAGAUGUGCAUAAAACAAAAGAAGUGGUUCAGGAUGUAACUCUUCACGAUCUUGACGUUGCUAAUGCGAAACCGCAAGGUCAGCGUGGUGACGUUUCCAGCCUAGUUGGACAAUUACUGAAGCCGAAAAAAACUGAAAUCACAGAUCGUCUUCGGGCUGAAAUUAACAACGUUGUUAACGAUUUCAUUGACCAGGGAACAGCCGAACUCAUGCCUGGAGUUUUGUUCAUUGAUGAAGUACAUAUGCUCGAUCUCGAAUGCUUUACUUAUCUCCAUCGAGCAUUAGAAAGUUCCUUCAGCCCCAUUGUUAUUCUUGCCACAAAUCGAGGAAACUGCAUGAUCCGAGGCACCACUGACCUCUCUCCCCAUGGAAUUCCAAGAGACCUCUUAGACAGAUUGAUCAUUAUUCCUACUCAAGUAUAUAAUAAACAAGAAAUUCAUUCUAUUUUACAAAUUCGUGCAGAUGCGGAGAAUGUAAAUUUGGAAAGCGAAGCCCUUACUGAACUUGCUUCUAUAGGAUCCGAAUCCUCUCUAAGAUAUGUUGUACAGUUGUUGACACCUUCUAAGCUUUUAGCACAAGUAAGUGGGAGGGAAUCUGUGAAUGUGGGAGAUAUUAAGGAAUGUGCAACGCUUUUCUUGGAUGCCAAGACUUCUUCGAACGUUGCGAAAGAGCAAAAAGAUUUCGUCGAACAGAUGGACGUUUACUGA